GCGUCUGACGUCACGGCGCUGGGGAGAGGAGGCGAUGAGAGGAAGGUGCAAUAAACACACAGGGCGUCUGCGCCUAUCUAAGUAGGACAAUAAAGUGAAAACGGUAUCAAUGCUCUAACAAUGGACUUGGCAGAUAUGCUCCUUCUUAAAGUUUUCCUCUUCGCUUGGUUGCUAAACUACACUCAAGGACACUAUAGAAAUCCGCUGAACAAGUACAUCCGUCACUAUGAGGGCCUGUCCUACGAUACAGAGCUUUUGCACAGCAAGCAUCAGAGGGCCAAGAGGGCACUUUCUCAUGAAGACAAGUUCCUUCAUUUAGAUUUUCAUGCCCAUGGAAGGCAUUUUAAUUUACGAAUGAAAAGGGAUACCCAAUUGUUUGCCCAAGAUUUGAAGGUUGAUGUUUCAGGAGAAGAGAUUCCGUAUGAUACUUCUCAUAUCUACACGGGAGAAAUCUACGGUGAGAAAGGUACCCUGACUCAUGGUGCCAUUGUGGAUGGUAAGUUUGAGGGCUUCAUUCAGAGUUACCAUGGCACCUACUAUGUGGAGCCCACUGAGAGAUACUUGGAGGGAAAAGACGUGCCCUUCCACUCAGUCAUCUAUCAUGAAGACGACAUACACUACCCGCACAAGUACGGCCCAGAGGGAGGCUGUGCUGAUAGCUCAGUGUUUGAAAGGAUGAAGAGGUUUCAAGCCUCUGCCGUAGAGGAUCCACCCAAGGAGCUCCACACUGAGAUGGGCUCUAAUGACCCUGUGCUGCUGAGAAAGAAGAGGAUGGCCCAGGUUGAGAAAAACACCUGCCAGCUUUUCAUUCAGACUGACCACCUCUUCUUCAAGUAUUAUAAGACCAGAGAAGCUGUCAUUGCUCAGAUCUCCAGUCAUGUAAAGGCCAUUGAUGCCAUCUAUCAGGGCACAGAUUUCAUGGGCAUCCGCAACAUCAGCUUCAUGGUGAAAAGGAUCAGGAUAAACACCACCAAUGAUGAGAGGGACAGGUCCAACCCGUUCCGCUUUGCCAACAUUGGGGUGGAGAAGUUCUUGGAGCUGAACUCGGAGCAGAACCACGACGACUACUGCCUGGCUUACGUUUUCACAGACAGAGACUUUGAUGACGGUGUGCUGGGUUUGGCCUGGGUUGGAGCCCCCUCAGGGAGCUCCGGAGGCAUCUGUGAAAAAAGCAAGCUAUACUCGGACGGAAAAAAGAAGUCUCUCAACACUGGUAUAAUCACUGUACAGAACUACGCCUCCCACGUACCUCCAAAAGUCUCCCACAUCACUUUUGCACAUGAAGUAGGACACAACUUCGGCUCCCCGCAUGACUCUGGAUCCGAGUGCACCCCGGGAGAAUCUAAGAGCCAAGACAAGAAGGAGAAGGGCAAUUAUAUCAUGUACGCAAGAGCUACAUCAGGAGACAAACUCAACAACAAUAAGUUCUCCAUCUGUAGUGUGCGCAACAUCAGCCAGGUGCUGGAGAAGAAGAGAAGCAACUGUUUUGUUGAGUCUGGCCAGCCCAUAUGUGGUAACGGCCUGGUGGAGCCAGGAGAGGAGUGCGACUGUGGCUACAGUGAUCAGUGCAGGGACCAGUGCUGCUAUGACGCCAACCAGGCUGACAACAAGAAGUGCAAGUUAAAACCCAACAAAGUCUGCAGUCCCAGCCAGGGUCCCUGUUGCACCGCCGAGUGUGCUUACAAGGGUCGUAAUGAGAAGUGCAGGGAAGAGUCAGAGUGCGCCCACCAGGGCAUGUGCAACGGAGUCAGCGCCCAGUGCCCCACGUCUGAGCCCAAAGCCAACUUCACCGCCUGCCACGGGGAGACUCAAGUCUGCCUUAACGGGGGCUGCUCCGGCUCCAUCUGUGAAAAGUAUGGGCUUGAGGCGUGCACCUGUGCCAGCCAGGAUGGCAAGGAUGAGACUGAGCUUUGCCACGUGUGCUGCAUGGAGAAGAUGAAUCCCAACACAUGCAGCAGCACAGGAUCAGAGCGUCUGGCUCGAUUCUUCAAUAAGAAAGUGACCACGCUGCCAGCCGGCUCGCCUUGCAACGACUUCAAGGGAUACUGCGAUGUGUUCAUGAAGUGCCGUUUGGUGGAUGCAGACGGACCGCUGGCCAGGCUGAAGAAGGCCAUCUUCAACCCAGAGCUCUAUGAGAACAUUGCAGAGUGGAUUGUGGCUCAUUGGUGGGCAGUGUUACUGAUGGGUAUCGCCCUCAUCAUGCUCAUGGCUGGCUUCAUUAAGAUCUGUAGUGUGCAUACACCAAGCAGUAACCCCAAACUUCCACCUCCCAAGCCUCUUCCAGGCACCUUGAAGAGGCGGCGAGCGCAGCAGCAUGCCAGCUCCCAGGUGCAGCACCAGUCUCAGCACCCGCAUUCCCACCAGCACGGACACGGCGGGCAUGGCGGCCACGGCGGUCACGGCGGUCAACGGCAAGCCCAGAGGCAGCCUCAGCGGCAGGCGCAGCCACAGAGGCACCACCGUCAGCCGAGAGAGAACUAUCAGAUGGGCCAGAUGAGACGCUGAGACCCUGCAUCCCGCCACCGCCGCCCCCCCUCCCCCAAUGCCUUGGCUCCUCCUUGUGCCUACAGUGGGAAACAAAAGCGUCACUCCAUCCAAAGAAAAGCCUGACAUGGUUGUUACUCAUCAUCAUAUCCUCCAUCUACAGACAAAGCAGACACAGUGAAAAAGAGAAAACACUAUCUAACAACUUUAUUGGCUCUUUGUGGAGUAGACUCGACCAUCAGCCAUUUCAAAUGCAGUGCGAUCUAGCAUCUUUUUCCACCUUUUUUUUUUCUUUUUAAGGAGUGCCAAGGAGUUAAGGAAUCAUGUGUAGCUUUAGUACAUUCUGUGAUGUGUUUUUAGUUUCUCUUGCAACGUCUUUUUGAGUGACAUGCCGUGGCUGCUGGUGAUUUGUUCCCGUGCUUUUCUUUUCACCAUUCUAGCCAGGACUGAGAGACACUCUGGGAAUUUGCGGCACUUUUGUGAUUUACACAUGUCAAACGGCAAAAGACACAGGCUCCGGUCUCUCGUGCAGACAGUCUUCUGCAUGUGACUGUACAUAUUUAGUGUAUCAUAAGUGAAAACAAACUAUUUCUUCUACUGUAAAUGUGUAAUUCUUCACUUUUUUCCUUUUAUUUUUUUGGUUAGUGCUCUCAGGACUCUUUAACACAUAAAUUGAAGGAAUGAUCGUUGCGAUGAGGUCCUUGGAUGUUGCUACUGAGGAUUUGACGCCAUCAGGUUCUCUGCGCAGUCAUCCAAUCAGGUGGAUCUCUUUCACCUUUGUCAGAUUGCUAGAUUUUGAACAACAAGGUCACCAUAUCCCAUUUUUAAGGCCUUCUUUGUUCAAGGUCCCCCAUUUCAUCUCUUUUAUUUUUUUAUUGUCUUGCUAACAUCAUGUCAUGUAACAAGCUAGUUGAGGUAAAGAGUCAUGGGAACAGAAAGGGAAGAUCACCUAGUUUGAUUCACCUUUUUAUUGUCUUUAGCGAUUUGGUUUUUUUUUUGUUUUGUUUUUUUUGAUAAUGAAGAAUGAAUAACCACUAACUGAAAAGCUGACGAUGAUGAUUCUAACCGCACGGACAUGAAGACGAGGGAAAGUGAAGGCUGCUGUGGCAUAGUUUAGUGAGAGUGUAUCAUGUUACACAGUUAGGGUUUUACAGUGUUUACAUGAGUGUGGAAAUAAAUUUAAAAAUGACUCCGGUGUGGAUGUACAAAAAAAAAAAAUUGUAAGAUUAAAAUCAUUCUGUUAUUCUUCAGAUAGCGAAUCUAAGAACUGUUCAAUGUGGGCAUGCACACACAUUUAUUAAAUGUGACUUUUAAUUGACCAAGGUCUGUAAUAUUUGUAUGUCACUCAACACUAUUUUCUUUGAAAGCUCUUAAUUAAUUAAUGUUAGUCUUAAAACAAGUGGAAGGAGUGGCUUAGCGCAGCAGUAUUGUUACACUGUUCACACAUUCCUCAGUGUGUUCACUAGAUUCACAGUAGACAAGCGAUGGUUUUGAUUUUAAAACAUAAAAAAAAACCCUCAAACUCACCUGCAGUUAUCUCCCGGUCAGAUUUCUUUCUUGUCCGAAUCCCCUUAAGAGCUCAUGACAGCAGGCGUCAAUGUGAAUUAACAUCAGCGUGCCAUAACACUUUAGAGCUAAUCUCUGUGCACAUGUUUUAUAAAACACGGGAAGCACCUGUAACUGCUUCUGGAGCCACUUUAGAUGGAAGAAAUGAAGGAGAUGGUCGACCUCAGGUGUUUUCUUCCUCCUCUGGCUGCGGCAUAGCACGAGAGGCAUUUUCGAAAAUCAUAACGACGCAACGGAUUCGAUAAUCCGGUCGUGAUAUGUGGUGCAAGUUUGUUUACCGUGCAAAAUAGGAUAGGGAUGUGGGUGAAAAUUUUGGCCCAGACAAAAAGAAACUUAGGCGUUUUGCAUCAUGCAUUUGGCAAAGGACUUUUUCUUGUGCUCUUUCUUUAUUUUAACCUGGCAUUAUUAUUUCUACAUGUGUGCAAUGCAAAUCACAACUAAUAUCUUUCAACACAGUCCUGAGGGUUGUGAUAAUUCCACAUGUGCUCUGAAGGGGACUUUUAAAAGUGAUGUUUGUUUCACGUGGCAGAUGAAUUCAGGCAGGUCGGCGGUUGUUGUAACUUCUCGUGUCUGUACAAAAUGGAGCUCUUUUUAAAUUUCAUCUUCUAGGCAGGGUCACAGCUGUCAAGCCUGGAGAAUUUACAUGUAAACUUGUACAGUACUUCGAAAAUUUGCAUUUCAUUUGAAAAUGAAAAUUACAUUUUGAUACAUCUGUUUCAUUUUUUGUAUUCUAAUUCCAGAGUAAGUUGUUCAAAGAUGUUCAUAUGUGACAAACUUUCCUUUCUUCUAAGUUAUUUAUGUUCUUAUAUGUGCUAGUUGAAAUGGAGUUUGCUUAUGAUACUUUUAUCCACCAUCAUCAGUGGUUAAAAACAAAUCAGGGUGAUGGAGUUAAUGUUACAUUCUCAUUUUUGUCUUCGUUAUCCUGUGGCAUGGUUUGGGUAGAAGAGCAGAAGAAUAAUGCCUGUAAAUUUAUUUUGGUUUUAAUUUCGUAGUCUUGGUAAAAGUUUUUAGAUAAACGUGCACUGAAAAAUUGUCCAAAUUGAGUUGAAAUGUUGUAGGUGAUGUAGGCCGAAAGAACACAAGAUUAAAAAGUAAUACUACUGUCUGAUUUUAAUGUUCACUGUGUUUUAUACAGUAUCAGAAAUUUUUGUUCACUUUGAACAUUUUUACUAAAAAAAAAAAAAAAAAAGAUUUCAAAUUGUAUUGUGCAAAGAGAUGUAAUUUUUGGAGUACUUGAAAUGCAUUAAUUAAAAGACUCGUUCAAAAUAAAAUAGACCCCUGUUUACUGUC